GCGCAAGCGCACUGCGUUGCUAGUCUUGGGACCUCUUUCCAAGAGACUAUGGCGCUCAACAAGAAUCACUCGGAGGGCGGCGGAGUGAUCGUCAACAACACCGAGAGCAUCCUCAUGUCCUAUGAGCAUGUCGAACUUACGUUCAAUGACAUGAAGAAUGUGCCGGAGGCCUUCAAAGGGACCAAGAAAGGCACCGUCUACCUUACCCCGUACCGGGUCAUCUUUCUGUCCAAGGGGAAGGAUGCCAUGCGGUCCUUCAUGAUGCCCUUCUACCUGAUGAAGGACUGUGAGAUCAAACAGCCCGUGUUCGGUGCAAACUACAUCAAGGGGACGGUGCAGGCCGAGGCAGGAGGUGGCUGGGAAGGCUCUGCCUCAUACAAGCUGACCUUCACGGCGGGGGGCGCCAUCGAGUUCGGGCAGCGCAUGCUGCAGGUGGCCUCGCAAGCCUCCCGAGGCGAAGCCCCCCCUGGAGCCUAUGGGUACUCCUACCUGCCCAGCGGGCCCUAUGUCUUCCCCCCGCCCGUCGCCAAUGGAAUGUACCCCUGCCCUCCUGGCUACCCCUACCCACCGCCCCCACCUGAGUUCUAUCCAGGACCUCCCAUGAUGGACGGGGCCAUGGGAUACGUGCAGCCCCCACCACCGCCCUACCCGGGGCCCAUGGAACCGCCGGUCAGCGGCCCUGAGGUCCCCUCCACUCCUGCAGCCGAAGCCAAGGCCGCAGAAGCAGCUGCCAGCGCCUACUACAACCCGGACAACCCGCACACCGUCUACAUGCCCACGAACCAGCCUCCGCCCCCUCCCUACUACCCCCCGGAGGAUAAGAAGACCCAGUAGACCCCCCGCCUCCUGCCUCUCAUCACUCAUCCUCGUUCCUUCCCUCCCCUUGGGGCCGGGGCUGGGGUGGGGUGCUGGGGAGGCCUUGUUCUUCCUCCAGGUCUGACUAUAAAACACUUGCCAGGAACGGGCGUCGAUGAAAAGGAGGGGCCCCUGACUGGGAGCUGCACCCCCAGCUCCCCACACCAUCCCGGGCCCACACGUGCCCAGCGCACUUCCUCGCAGCAUCCGGGCUCUCCUCGGGGUGCGGGGUCCCCCAGUUCCUGUCUUGCUCUAGUAGCUUCUGCCCACGGAGGGACUCUGGCCACCUCCUCUGCCGCAGUCCAGCUCCCUCGUUUGGCGGCCACGUCCUCAGCCUCCGGUCCUCCCGAGGGCCGCAGCCCUGCCCACACUCCCUGCCCGCGGCCUGGGCCUGGCCGCGGAGGCCCCUCCGCCCGACUCUCCGCUCACAUUCCGCCCCAGCACCUCCGGCCGUCACCCUGCCUCCCCGUGUGCGGAGCUUUAACAUGAGCUUCCAGGGGGCGGCAUUCCGGCCGGGCACCGAGGCUCCUGUUUCUGGGGUUGGCUUCCCUCGGCCCCUUUCCCGUCCAGAGGGGCUCCUGGGACUGGAGAACGCGUGUGCGUCCCAGCAUGCCACUGCUGGGUGGGCUGGAACACGGGCCGCUGCGCCCGGACCUGCCUGGAUGCGGCUGACCCGACGGCCCACGCCCCUCGCCGGCCCUCUUCCCCUUAGGCUUCCACCUGGUUGGCGACGUGCCCCGUGCACUCAGACUUGCCCCCCCCACCCCCCCGCUCCUGGACUGCCGUGAAGUGAGGAGGUGGUUAUGUAAAGAGAAUGCCCUAUUUAUUUGACAAAACAAUUCCAGUUAAUAUAUUAAUGUGAAAUAAACCCUGUUUGCACCUUGAUUUGUUUGCUGAAAAUGUGAAGCAGUAAAAGUGAAGUAACUGGA